AUGGGAGAGGUCGUAUUGGCUACGGAGGAGAAUGUUGACCAGCAGAUAAUGCAUACAGACCAUGAGGCCAAAAAAGGUAAGGAAGAAGAAAUUGGGCUUAUCGUCAUCCCGGUCACAGAAGCAGGGACGAAUUUAUGCGUGUCUCGGGGAUCACAUAAAGUUGAAUAUUGUAAGAAAGAAGGGGACCAAUGCAUCCCAGCGGACUUCUCCAACGAUGCUCCGCCAAUUGAAAUACCAUUCGGGUAUGCUAUGAUGUGCAGCAGGAACCUGGCGCACGCAGGUGCGAGAACUGGUCCAGACCAGCCUCCGGAUGGAAGGCCACGGAUCCACGUCUACUGCAUGGACAAGACCGGCAGUACCUUCCCCAUAUUUAUUUCCUAUUUAUUUCCUAUUUAUGGCGCAAAUCUAUGUUGGAACCAUAUGGCGCAAAAUCUAUGUUGGAACCAAGCCAUAAGCCUUGUCGAGGACAUGGUGAAAAAUGGAGUCGCAAGCAUGAAUAUUGGUUCCAUCAUGCUUUUCUCGACCACUUGGUUCCAUCAUACGAUUAAUCUAUCCGAUUGGAGAUCGUAUUUUAACGCUACGAAUAUGGCCUUUGAAGCGGCGCACCUGCCAUCGAGGGAAACUUUGAGAUUGGCAAAUCUCCCUCGAGAUGAUAACACUCGCAACAAUUCUAGAAACUGGUCUGCUACAACUACCAGGCGCUUUCGCCACUCCCGCGGGACUCGUAAUGCUCCGAAUCUGCCAAACAUUAACCCUGAUCGAAGACUAAGAAAUCCGACACCGGCCACAUUACCACGGGGCGAAUUGACUAUAUCACGUCAUCGCACCGCUCUUUGCGGUGUAUGCACAGUCGCAGGGCUAAAGCCAGGAAAUCCGAGAUGGCAAAACCAAGAUUCUUACGUGAUAUCCGAGGACGUGCCAGCAAAUGCGCAUCAACACUGCUUUGCCGUUCUUGAUGGGCAUGGUGAAGUUGGUCACCUAGUCUCACAGCGAUGCCGGGACCGCCUUUGUGGUCAUUUUUGGGAAUCUGACUUGAAUAUGCACCGAACGUUUCGUUUGAUGCAACAGGAUCUCAAUGAAUGUAAUUUUGAUGUAAAGUGCAGCGGCGCUACAUGUGUAUUCGCCUACAUCCACGGUCCUCACCUCAGAGUUGCAAACGUUGGUGACUCUCGUGGGAUUCUAGGACACCUAGAGAGUGGCAAGAUUUGCGCAGUUCCACUGACCUCCGACCACAAGGAGGUUUGGGCGUAUCUUGUGAGCCAGAAAUUACAGAGCAUGAAAUUGACACUAACGAUGCAUUUCUCAUCUGGUCAUGCAACUGAUGGCGUGUGGGAUGUCAUAGACAACAAUCAGGCUGUCCAAAUUGUGCACACUCAUCUGACUUCCACAAGGUGGGAGAGCCUCUCACCUAUGGUUGAUGAUAUUACAGCUCUAGUUGUUGAUCUGCAGAAGGUGGCAGGGCUUUGUAGGUUGAGGUAA